UAACAAAUCCUAAAGUUCAGGGGUUUGUACUGUAAAUAUUCCUAAUAAAGAUGCGGAGAACGAUCAAGGAAGUGAUUCUUGAUAAGAAAACAAGUUUGGGGCUAUUUAUGAGAAAACUAAAAAGUUCAGGGUUUGUAUUGAAAUAAUUUUCUAAUAAGAAAACGAACGAUGAAGUGAUUCUUAAGCUUCAGAGUCUUUUGUUUUCCGAGAUGGAGGUUCCAAGCUCUGAGGAAAUACUUCAAUGUAUGAGCUCUUCUCUCUCACAAAUCAAAUGGCGACUCAAAGCCUCUUCCAAACGCCGCCUCGAUAUAGGUUGUUUGAGAUCAUUUUACAUAGAAUGAAGCCAAUCUGUGCGUUUUGGCUUGAUGGAUUUAUCAGAGUUUCCACUCUCUGUCAGAGAUAAACCAUUAAAAGUUUUGAACUUUAGACUCUAUUAUGAUGAUCUCAGUUUCACAUAUGUGCUGGCAGCACUAUGCACGGGGAUGAGACCAGUUGUAAUGAUUGACUAUGGUGGCAAGUUGCCUGAGCUACAAACUCGCUUACUUUCUCUUCUUGAGCUUCUCCAAGAGGUUAGUCUCUCUACUUUCUCUUCAAGCAACAUUACUACUUGAGUAAGCUGCUUUUGUUCAUGCUGCUUGUGUCCUCUAGGUUUUACCAGUUUUCAAAGAUCUGAUGGUUAUGGUUAUAGAGGAUAUGAUUUACCUGAUCAAUGGAAGAACACUGCCCAAUUGGCUGAGUUCUGAACCUGAAUUGUUCUUCCUCGACUUGGAACAAGAUCCUCCACAGGUUGUUCCUCUUAUAAAAGCUUCAGUAUUUGUUUCAGUGGUUGGACUGAUCUCACUCUUGCUUUUGUCUUAUUCAAGAUGGUAGAGCAAAGCAAGUAAAGCGAUCUAGGGAUGCAGCUUAGGUCGAUUCAGAAUCUAUUCUAUUCCACAUUUCCUUUAGAUGGCAGCAAUGAUGAUCACACACCAGCUUUAGAUGAAGCCAACUCUUCUCAGUCUUCUUUAUUCAUUGAUCUUAGUUGUUGUUUACAAGACACUAAGGUUACAAUUCCAACACUAAGCGGAUGGUUACUGGACUAUCCAGUUGUGUAUUUAUUCGGCACAGAUCACAUAGAAGAUGCAAUCUACAACCUCUCAACCAAGUCUCUCCGCAUCUUCAAAGUUCUUUUACAAAGGAACGGUACAACCGGACAAGACUCUCAUUUAGAAGAGCUAACUAGUUUCUCAGUGCCAUAUGAGCUGAGUAUGGGAGGUAGCAAGGAAGUCUGGGCUGAAUCAUUUCUAGAGAGGAUGAGUUCGAGGUGGGAAGAAUGCAAACAUAUCUGUGAGAUCACUAGAUUUGCAAGUGUCUGAAUGUUAUCCUCAAGCAAUU